CUAAAGAGAUAAAGACAAUCACAUUAAUGUAUAUAAUAAAAAUUUAUACUUUUGAAUAACAAUCAUUACAUCACAAGUACACAUAAAAUCUUUAAAAUUCUAUUAGAGUUAGGUUAGCCGAUCAAGUUACAUCAUCCAAUUAACUAUGGCAGACGACGUGAAGCCAGAAGUAAUAAAAAAAACGCAAGAUUUACUUGGAAAAUAUUUUAAAAAGCCGCCAUUAACCGAAAAAUUGUUAAGGAAACCGCCCUUUAGAUUUCUUCACGAUAUUAUAUCAAUUAUAAUAAAGGAGACUGGUUUCUUAGAAGGUUUAUUCACAGAAAAAGAAUUAAAUUCAGACAAUAUAAAAGACAAAGAGUCAAAAGUAGCAUAUUUAACAAAACUUAUAGACGUUGUUAAAUUAAUAUCUGGAAAUAAUCUAACAGUAAGAGCAAGUAAAAUAGUUUCUGGACAAGAAGCGACUAAAACAAAUGAACUUUUACAAGCUAUUGGAAAAGCUCUUGAUAAAAAAGUAAACAGUGUAGAGGCAAUUGAACAUUAUAAAAAAAGUUUACAAAAGAAGUCAAAAGGAGGAACAAAAUUAAGAACAUCUAAAGAUGAUAUUGCUAAAAAGACAUCUAGGCAGGUAUCGCAAACAAGAAAAUCAACUGAAAAAGAAAAACAUGCAUCUGGAUUACAAAAGAAAUUUUCUAGCGUAGGAAAAGUUGAGUCAAAAAUAAAAGAAGAAAAUAAUCAAGAAAAUAGCAUCAAUAAAAGUAGUAAUAUAAUAGAACAAGAAAUUCAAGAGAAUAAUAUUGAAAAGAGUAAUGAUGUAAAUAUUCCACCAGUUGAGCCACUUGAAGAUGAGCUAUCUUCCGUAAUACAAAAAACAAAACAUUCUUCUGCUAUAACUAAACAGAAACAGGAUCAUAUAUCUUCCGUAGUUCCCACAGAAAUAAAAACAAGCAAACUUUCAACAAAUAUAAAUACAGACAAGAAAUCAGAUGAAUACACUCAGAGAAAGGAAUCUACAAGUAGAACAAAACGAGUCCUAUCAAAACAAGGAAGUGAGUUUAAAGAAUCAAUAAAAAUAUCAGAAACAAUAUCUACAAACAAAAAAUCAAUAGAGACUACAGAUGAGGAAAAGUUAGAAACAGAAUAUGAAUCAACAUACGGAAAUAUAAGUGAUGAUUUGCAGCAAGCAGAACAUGACAAUUCAAUUAUUCAUGCAUCAAAUUUACAGAAACAUAAAUUUAAUAGUGAACAAGAACAAAAUAUGAUUAAAUCAAGAACAUUGUUACGUCCACCUACUGCCAGGCCAAGUAGUGCAAGACCCGCUGCUCCUAAAAUGAAAGGAAAAACUGACCUGAUUCUUAAUGAAGAAAUAAGUACACCUAUGGGAAAUAUUAGUGUGAUAAUUGAAAAUACAAAUAUAAAAGACAAUGAUAAUGAAGAUAUGGUGAUUGUAGAAAACAAAGGAAGCAUUGAAACAACUUUAGAGAAUAUUAGCAAUUAUAAAAUUGACUAUGAAUUAACUCAAGAACAUGGACAUCUUGUAGCACAAAUUUUGGAAACUCAAAGAGAAUUGGUCAAUACUGAUAAUGUGGAUGUUUUACCAAAAAAAGUUGAUAUUGCAUGGGAGGUGGGUACAAAACACGAGCAUGAGGCAGCGAUUAAGGAAAUUGAUAAAUUACGGAGUACGAUACAGAUGUUAACUCGUGCAACAAAUCCUUUAGGAAAAUUAUUGGAUUACUUACAGGAAGAUAUUGAAAUGAUGCAGAAGGAAUUACAUGAUUGGAGAAGUCAGUAUAACCAACUAAGCAAACAAUUGGAGAAGGAACAAAUACGUACGCAAGAAAUUAUAGAUCCUAUGCAGAUGACAUUAAAAGAAAUUGACAAUAAUAUUCAGGACCAACUAAAUAAAAUUUAUCAAGCAAAAGCAAGAAUAAUAAAAAAUAACCAAAAAAUACAAAGAUUAUUAAAUGGUGACAUAUAA